AUGGUCGUGUCCGACCCGACCGAGGCCCGACGGACCGACGUCGAGGCGCACGAGACUGGCUCGCCGGCAUCCACGCUCCAUGUCUGGCGAGGUAUUUUUGCGGAGGAGAGGCUUGCAGACUUCUCUUCGUUAGCCGAAGCACAGUGCUCGCAUACUCCACCGCGCGGUCCCCAACUAGUGCGUCUGCCCACGUCGCACGACGCCAAGUUCGACGCUGGCGGAAGUGGCGCGUUCGCCGCCAUGGGACUCAGUGCUCCACAUGCAUAUCAACUCCAUAUAUACCCGCACCCAACACACCAGUACGCAUGUGCCACGAUUGCGGCACACUGGUUAUCGGUUAUCUCCCCGCGAGCGGUCGCUCUGCUCAGGAGGGGAGACUCUGCAUCACCCAGAUCAAUGCAUCAUCCGGGCCUCGACUCACGCGAUCAGCUUCCGCUCGGCAGGCGGCAUGUCCAGUCACGCGUCACGACCUCUUCCGAAACAGGAAAUGGCUCCAUGCUCUUGCGGGCGUCUACACGGGCGCCUAUCCAUUUAGAGGCAAAAAUGGCCACAACUCGUGCUAACGCAUACGUCACACAAUCACAACAUGAACUGGUGGUCGAAGCGAUCUAG